UAACAAAAGUACAAAAAUUCUGUCAGUUCACUUCUUGUUUCUCUGUACUUCUUCACUUGAUGUUAUAGAACAAAGUCGACAAUAUUCAGUCAAGCCAGCAAGCCAAAACAGAGCAGCGGAUCAUGGAUCAGUUUGAAAUGGAAUGCAUGAUCUACACUCAAGAUCCCAUCUACUUGAAGUUCUUGAAUGAGAUUAGCGGCGAGAAAUUUUCAGAAGCGCAAUUACCUGUCUUUGAUAUAAAAAGCAAGUACAGUGAAAAUGCUGCAGGCAUAUUAUGAGAUUGUGGUGCAGAGGAUGGCUGACCAACUUCCAAUGCUGAUCUCCUUCUACAUGCUAAAGGAGACUGCUCAGCUCCUGUGUACUGACAUGCUGAGUAUACUGGAAGCGGCAAAUGUGAGCGAGCUCUUGUUUGAGGAUUCUGACGUCAGCAAAAGACGCAAAGACUUGCAGUCUCGUCUGGCCCGUUUGACUGCUGGUCAGGAAGCACUUAGUGAUUUUAUUUGAGAGAUCAAAGGAUGUUAUCUUACAUUAUACAUAAUAUAGCCUAUUUGACAGCUUGAUCCAUGAAAAUAUUUUGAGCAUAUGAAUACACAGUAUCC